UCACUCGUGUCACUGUCACUUUCCCUUGUUGGAAUCUUGGAAUCUUGAUAAUUUUCUCUAAAUUUUUUAUUAAUUUUAGUUUAAUCGUGAAUUAUUGAGAGUUUCCUAACUUAUCGCUCGUAUUCUAUUCCCAUCCUAUUAGCGCUCAUAAUUACUUACCAUAUUUAAAAAUGUCAAGCGACAAUGGUUUUAACAACGAUGACUCUCCAAACAAAACACUCGCUCAUCUUCAAUUGCCUAGCCCAAUCAUCACACGGAGGAACCGGACCGCGUCUACGUCUGAGAGAGCUCUCCAAAAUCCAGUGGAGCACGGCAAAAUAAAGUCAUUCUGUCGUGAGAAGGGCCAUGGAUUUGUAACACCCAGAAACGGUGGUGAAGAUAUAUUUCUACACAUUUCUGACAUUGAAGGCGAAUUUGUACCAUUGCCAGGCGACGAGGUUACCUAUAGGCUAUGUCCAAUACCACCCAAGUUUGAGAAGUACCAAGCAGUACACGUCAAAAUCAUCCAACUGAUUCAAGAAAAACACUUAAAAUGGAAUGAACCUCCACUGUAAUACUUUGAUGGAUGAUGAAUGUUAUAUAAGCCAACUUCUUAUAUAUUUUAUCUUGAAUAUCUUUUGCUGUCCCUCCUCUUCAUAUUUUUUAACAGAGGCCUAAAUAUUAUUUGAUUUAAGUUAGGGCCUUAGCACACUACUUGUAUUAUUGGAGAAAUUUCAUCACACUCAGUCAACCUGCCAAUGAAAAAUUUAACAAAUAGUAGUGUUGAACUCUCAUUUUUUGUGAUUGUGUCAAUACUGCAUUUAAUUUUGGUAGGCAACUAUGUAUUCUGAUUUUAGCAAAUGCAUAAAUGUGCUCAAAAUGUCAGUGAAAAUUUUUUCAUCUGACUUUUGAAACUGAGUCAUAAUUAUUAUUUCAGUCCAUGAACUAACCCAACCUGGGACAGUAUUGAAGUAAUAUUUAAUAAUGAAUUCAUUUAUUUUACAUUCAUUUAAUUAGUAGUUAGUACUUACGUAUGUAAGUACGUAGUACAUAGUAUAGUGUGCUAAGGCCUUAAACAUACUUUGCACAAAUACCUCUGUCGGUUGCAAUGUUAUGGUUGAAUGGAUAUUGUAAUAAGUGAUAUUCAGUAUUUUUAGAAGUGAGAAAGUUUAUGUGGUGCUAAAUUUUUGAAGGAUUUUAACCAUCUCGUAAGAAUUUUGAUAACAAUUUUAGUUAUUGUAACAAUGACUGGCAAACAUGUU